AUGUCUUACCAAGAGCAGCAGUGCAAGCAGCCCUGCCAGCCUCCUCCUGUGUGCCCACCCACAAAAUGCCCGGAGCCUUGUCCUCCUCCGAAGUGCCCUGAGCCUUGUCCUCCCCCAAAGUGCCCAGAGCCUUGCCCUCCUCCGAAGUGCCCUGAGCCUUGUUCUCCUCCAAAGUGCCCAGAGCCAUGCCAGCAGAAAUGCCCUCCUGUGCAACCUCCUUCACCCUGCCAGCAGAAGUGCCCACCCAAGAGCAAGUGA